AUGGGCUCAUACAUUGACUGGUCCAAGACGACCAAGUCUGCCAACUACCAUGGCUCGGGUUCAUUCUCGACCUUUAUGAUUAUUGGACCGACUUGCUUCUUCCUCGGAAUCCUCUUCGCGUCAUUUCCCUACGACUUCCCCUUGCUAUGGAGUAAGGAACCUGUGCCAGCCAGCUACUAUGAUCAGCUCGAGACGCAUUUGAAAUUCAUCCAUCAGUCGCCUCCCCUCAUCGGCCGGAUGCUCAAUAUCAUUGUCAGCGUGGGGUUUCUGGGAAUGUUCAUCAAGCUGUUCAAGCCCAGCGAGGCUAACUUCCUCUUUGACGGCGCAUCGCUGAUUCUCUACACCAUUGGUGUUGCCGUGUACAUUUCCAACAUUGUCAAAGGCCUGCGUACCGUAAGCUCCGGGUUCUGGGAUAGCGAGGCCUUCGAGAACGCCAACAAGAACGCCGAUGGCGACUUGAUCCUUGGAAGGGAAGAUAGUCUGCGGGUGUUGUCCGCCAGCAACACAAUCCUAGCUCUGGUCCUUAUCGGUGUCCUAGUGCUGCAGGCCGGGCAAUGGUAUGCCGAAAAGAGAGACAGGGAUGACGAGGCCGCUGUCGCCUCCAAGAAGGACUCUCCUGCUAGCAAAGCCACUACGAAGAAGAAGCAGUAG